AUGUCGGCUCCAGACUACUACAAGAUCCUCGACAUCGCGCCCAAAGCAACCCAGCAGCAGAUUCGCGAUGCAUACAAAAAGGCCGCCCUGAAGCACCACCCCGACCGCGUGGCCGCUGACUCACCUGAGCGCGCCGCCCGCACCAAGCGCUUCCAGCAGAUCAAUGACGCCUAUUACACCCUCUCAGACCCGACGCGUCGGCGCGACUACGACUCGGCGCGGUCUUUCAAUAACUGGACCGGCGGGUUCGAUGAUCCCGAGGAAGAAAUCCCUACCGACAACCAGCAGCAGCAACAGCAGCAACAGACCGGCGGAGGAGGAUGGAGUUUCCCAAGCGGGUUCCCGUGGUCCGCAUUCGGGUUUGGAGCGAAUGAUGGCGGCGCAACGCAAAACAACGAACGCGAGCGGUUCAACAGUGAGCAGUUUGGCAGUGUCUUCGAGGAGAUGCUGCGCGAGGAGGGCAUGGCUGAGGGUCAAGAAGCGCAGCCCACAGGAAAGUUCUGGAGCUUUGUCGGCGGACUCAGCGGCGGCGCAAUGGGCUUUAUCAUCGCCAAUUUCCCGGGUGCCGUUGCGGGCAUGGUGGCUGGAAACCGGCUGGGCGCCGUGCGCGACACGAGGGGCAAGAGCGUCUAUGCCGUCUUCCAGGAACUCCCGCAGGGCGACAAGGCGAAGCUGUUGACGGAUCUGGCGGCGAAGGUUUUUGCGCAUGCGGUGUCGUCGUGAGAGAUGGACUGCUGUUGGAUGUGCAUACGAUGGUCAUGAUAUCCCUUUGGUUUGGCGUUUGGCAUGGCGAUAGAUGGGUCGGUAGCUUGAUGUGAACAGCAUUGCGAGAAUAUUUGUUGCGACGAAAGAAUGCCGGCCUGCAGCCCGUU